UAACGCGGGAGAGAGAGAGAGAAAAAGAAAAAAAUCGCAUAAAAUGUCCUUUUUGCUCUCGAGCUCUUCAUCUACCGCCACCAAAGCCGCCGCCGCGUCCCGUCUCCGACUCUAUUCUCAGCGGAGAUUCUGUCACCGCCUCCAAUCGGAUAGAGUUUUCCUUGAGUUGGUUGGAUCGAGUUUCGCUUUGAGGGCUAGGGUUUCCCUCAGGGCAACGGCGACGACUGACACCCAGAUGUCAAAAUCUCAUCUUUCGGUUUCUGGUGGCAAGCAAGCCCUUAUAUCGUUGUCGGACAAGAAUGAUCUGGCUUUUCUUGGGAAUGGACUUCAGGAAUUAGGGUAUACUAUUGUUUCAACUGGGGGGACUGCUGCUGCGCUAGAAGCUGCUGGUGUGUCGGUUACCAAAGUUGAAGAAAUUACUCAUUUUCCUGAAAUGCUUGAUGGUAGAGUGAAAACUUUGCAUCCUAGCAUACACGGUGGAAUUCUUGCUAGGAGAGAUCAAGGCCAUCACUUGGAGGCCUUAAAUUCUCAUGGCAUCGGGACAUUUGAUAUAGUGGUGGUGAACUUGUAUCCUUUCUAUCAAAAAGUUUCUUCUACUGAUGGAAUUACAUUUGAGGAUGGCAUUGAGAAUAUUGAUAUUGGUGGGCCUACCUUAAUCCGGGCUGCUGCAAAGAAUCACAAGGAUGUUUUGGUUGUGGUUGACCACAAUGACUAUCCUGCCCUCCUGGAAUUUUUGAAAGGAAAUAAAGAUAGCCAGCAAUUCCGAAGGGAAUUGGCUUGGAAAGCUUUUCAACAUGUUGCUUCCUAUGAUUCUGCAGUUUCAGAGUGGUUAUGGAAGCAAUCAUCAGGAGGUGAUAAGUUUCCUCCUAGUUUGACAGUGCCUCUCACAAGGAAAUCCACCCUUCGGUAUGGUGAAAAUCCUCAUCAGAAGGCCGCAUUUUAUGACGAUAAGAGUCUUUCCGUGGUGAAUGGUGGUGGUAUUGCUACUGCUAUACAACACCAUGGGAAGGAAAUGUCUUACAAUAAUUACCUAGAUGCGGAUGCUGCUUGGAACUGUGUCUCAGAGUUCAAGGACCCAACUUGUGUGGUUGUGAAGCACACAAAUCCAUGUGGUGUAGCAUCAAGGCAAGAUAUCAUUGAAGCAUAUAGAUUGGCUGUAAAAGGUGAUCCUGUAAGUGCUUUCGGUGGCAUAGUUGCUUUCAACACAACAAUAGACGAGGACCUUGCAAAAGAGAUACGAGAAUUUAGGAGCCCAACUGAUGGCGAGACAAGAAUGUUCUACGAAAUAGUUGUGGCACCAAGAUAUACGGAGAAAGGAUUAGAGAUUCUUCGUGGGAAGUCAAAGACAUUGAGGAUUCUUGAGGCAAAAAAGAGUGAGAAAGGAAUGCUCUCACUGAGACAAGUUGGAGGCGGGUGGUUAGCUCAGGAUGCUGACGGUUUAACCCCGGAAGAUAUCAAGUUCAACAUGAUGUCGGAAAAGGCUCCUGAAGAACAAAUGCUUCGUGAUGCAGAAUUUGCAUGGCUUUGCGUGAAGCAUGUUAAAAGCAAUGCCAUAGUGAUAGCCAAGGAUAACUGUAUGUUAGGUAUGGGGAGUGGACAACCAAAUAGGGUUGAGAGCCUAAGAAUAGCUUUCAGGAAAGCUGGAGAAGCAGCAAAGGGAGCUGCUUUGGCCAGCGAUGCAUUUUUCCCGUUUGCCUGGAAUGAUGCGGUCGAAGAAGCAUGUCAGAAUGGUAUCGGGAUCAUCGCAGAGCCUGGAGGUAGUAUCAGAGAUAAAGAUGCUGUAGAUUGCUGCAACAAAUACGGCGUCUCUCUAGUUUUCACAAAUGUGAGACAUUUCCGGCACUGAAGGAAUAUUGGUUUCACUACUACUCAGGCUUUAAGGAGAAAUAAUUGCUGUAUCCGAGUUUUUUUGAGAAUAAUAUGCAGGAUUUGCUAGCUGAUCCAAAAACUUUGGACGUGUUUGAAUUUUCUGAGCCGAAUUGAGAUGUCGUAUGAUACUCUUGUGACUUUAUAGAUGCAUAGAAAUUUUGAGGAUUUGAAUAAACUUAUUUUGAUUGCA